AUGGGCAGCAACAAGAGCAAGCCCAAGGAUGCCAGCCAACGGCGCCGCAGCCUGGAGCCUGCUGAGAACACCCACGGUGGUGGUGGGGGUGCCUUCCCCACCUCACAGACACCCAGCAAGCCAGCCUCCGCUGAUGGCCACCGAGGCCCCAGUACGGCCUUCCCCUCUGCCGCUGCUGAGCCCAAGCUGUUCGGGGGCUUCAACUCCUCGGACACAGUCACCUCCCCGCAGAGGGCGGGGCCGCUGGCGGGUGGAGUGACCACCUUUGUGGCCCUCUAUGACUAUGAGUCUCGGACAGAGACUGACCUGUCCUUCAAGAAAGGGGAGCGGCUCCAGAUUGUCAACAACACAGAGGGUGACUGGUGGCUGGCCCACUCACUCAGCACAGGACAGACGGGCUACAUCCCCAGCAACUAUGUGGCGCCCUCUGACUCUAUCCAGGCCGAAGAGUGGUACUUUGGCAAGAUCACCAGACGGGAGUCAGAGAGGUUACUGCUCAAUGCGGAAAACCCAAGAGGGACCUUCCUAGUGCGAGAAAGCGAGACCACGAAAGGCGCCUACUGCCUCUCCGUGUCCGAUUUCGACAACGCCAAGGGCCUCAAUGUGAAGCAUUACAAGAUCCGCAAGCUGGACAGCGGUGGCUUCUACAUCACCUCCCGCACCCAGUUCAACAGUCUGCAGCAGCUGGUGGCCUACUACUCCAAACAUGCCGACGGCCUCUGCCACCGCCUCACCACCGUGUGCCCCACGUCCAAGCCACAGACUCAGGGCCUGGCCAAAGACGCCUGGGAGAUCCCCCGGGAGUCCCUGCGGCUGGAGGUCAAGCUGGGCCAGGGCUGUUUCGGAGAGGUGUGGAUGGGAACCUGGAACGGAACCACCAGGGUGGCCAUCAAAACCCUGAAGCCAGGCACGAUGUCUCCAGAGGCCUUUCUGCAGGAGGCCCAGGUCAUGAAGAAACUAAGGCACGAGAAAUUGGUGCAGCUGUAUGCCGUGGUGUCUGAGGAGCCCAUCUACAUUGUCACGGAGUACAUGAGCAAGGGGAGUUUGCUGGACUUUCUCAAGGGGGAGACAGGCAAGUACCUGCGGCUGCCACAGCUGGUGGACAUGGCUGCUCAGAUCGCCUCGGGCAUGGCCUACGUGGAGCGGAUGAACUACGUGCACCGGGACCUCCGUGCUGCCAACAUUCUGGUUGGAGAGAACCUCGUGUGCAAAGUGGCCGACUUUGGGCUGGCUCGGCUCAUCGAAGACAAUGAAUACACCGCCCGGCAAGGUGCCAAAUUCCCCAUCAAGUGGACGGCUCCAGAAGCGGCCCUGUACGGCCGGUUCACCAUCAAGUCAGAUGUGUGGUCCUUUGGGAUCCUGCUGACGGAGCUCACAACAAAGGGACGGGUGCCCUACCCUGGGAUGGUCAACCGUGAGGUGCUGGACCAGGUGGAGCGGGGCUACCGGAUGCCCUGCCCGCCUGAGUGUCCCGAGUCCCUGCAUGACCUCAUGUGCCAGUGCUGGCGGAAGGAACCGGAAGAGCGGCCCACCUUCGAGUACCUGCAGGCCUUCCUAGAGGACUACUUCACGUCCACCGAGCCCCAGUACCAGCCUGGAGAGAACCUAUAG